UUGGCAGGAUUUGAGCAGGGACAGUAAUCGUGGGACUGUAUUUAUUUCUUUUGAGGUUGUUCACUGAUAGAGGGUUGAUGUAACUCAGAAAUGACAGGACGGCACGCAAUAAUAACGAUCGAAUGCGACCGAACUCUGCUUGAGUUCCACAGAGAGACAUUUCCACCUCUGUCCACCAGAUGGAACUGGGCGAAAGAGGAAUGGUGAGCCGUUUCAUCGGGAAAAGAAGGAAGGAGGAGAGUUUGGGGGAGCUCUCUAGAGCCUGAGACCGUUUGAAGACAUUUCAGAAGAGCCUCCGAGCCGAGCAUGGCUGGUCUCUUUGGGUCCUUGGUGUGGGUCUUCCUGGAGGUGCUACGCCUGGCCAUGGGAGCCAUGGACUCCUGCUACAACGCGCAAGGGCGGGCUCAGCGCUGCCUGCCGAUCUUCGAGAACGCGGCUUUUGGGAGGCAGGCGCAAGCGUCGAACACGUGCGGCUCUCCGCCGGAGGACUACUGCCUCCAGAUGGGCACCAGGGACUCCGGGGCGCUGUGCCACCGCUGCGACGCCCGCCAGGCCUCGCUUCACCACAACGCCACCUAUCUGACUGACUUCCAUCACCAAGAGGAGCCCACCUGGUGGCAAAGCCAGUCCAUGGCUUUUGGGGUUCAGUACCCCCAUUCGGUCAACAUCACCCUUCACCUGGGGAAGUCCUAUGAGAUCACCUACGUGAGGUUGAAAUUUCACACCAGCCGCCCGGAAAGCUUUGCCAUCUACAAACGGAGCCGGGAGGACGGUCCGUGGAUCCCGUAUCAGUACUACAGCGCCUCCUGUGGGAAGACCUAUGGGAAGCCGGAUCGCCAGUACCUGCGACCCGGCGAGGAUGAGAGAGUGGCGUUCUGCACCGAUGAGUUCAGUGACAUCUCCCCCCUGAACGGAGGCAACGUGGCUUUUUCCACCCUCGAAGCACGCCCUAGUGCCUACAGCUUUGACCAGAGUCCCAUUCUUCAGGAGUGGGUGACCGGCAUGGAUCUGCUGAUCUCUUUGGACAGGCUCAACACCUUUGGGGACGACAUCUUCAAGGAUCCCAAAGUGCUGCAGUCUUACUAUUACGCCAUCUCAGACUUCUCUGUAGGGGGCAGGUGCAAGUGCAACGGCCACGCUAGCGAAUGCAUCCCAAACGAAGCCGAUCAGCUGGUCUGCCUCUGCCAGCACAACACCACCGGGGUGGACUGCGAGAGGUGCCAGCCGUUUUAUCAGGACCGUCCGUGGGCACGAGGAACGGCCGAGUCUGCCAACGAAUGCCUCCCAUGCAACUGCAGCGGCCGGUCGGACGAGUGCUUUUACGACUGGGAGCUCUACCGCAGCACCGGGCACGGGGGCCAUUGCCGGAACUGCAGGGAGAACACGGCUGGCCCCCAUUGUGAGCGCUGCCGCCAGAACUUCUACCGCUGGGACGCCCAGGUGGCAUGUCAGCCCUGCAACUGUAACCCUGCAGGUUCCUUGAACCCCCAGUGUGACAGCUCAGGCACGUGUGAGUGCAAAGACACCGUGACCGGCUGGAAGUGCGAGCGUUGCCGAGAAGGUUUCCACUCCCUCAGCGAAGGCGGGUGCAGGCCUUGUUUGUGUGACCCAGCCGGCAGCGUGGGUGUGUGUGACGCUAACACCGGACGGUGCGCGUGCAAGGAGGAGGUGGAAGGGUCCCUUUGUAACAGGUGCCAACCGGGGAGCUUCAACCUUCAGCCCGACAACCCGGCCGGCUGCACCCGCUGCUUUUGCUACGGCCACUCGACGGCCUGCACCGCGUCCUCAGGAUACGAAAUCCAUCCUGUCCUCUCCAACUUCAGCGAAGGGCCUGAAGGUUGGAGAGCAGAGAACCCAGAUGGGAAACAGACGCAGCUUCACUGGUCUGACGGAGAAAUCUCCAUGGAGCAAAGCAGGCAGAAGAGGGUGGAUUUUUUGGCUCCAGCGAAAUUCCUCCACGACCAGCGUUUCAGCUACGGGCAGUUGCUCUCGGUGGUCUCCCUUUUCGAAGCGGAUACGGCCAUUUCCUAUUCUUUCCCCCUCCGGCUGGUUUUGGAAGGAGACGGUCUCCUGGUAUCGGCGUAUCACAGUGACAUGAGAAGCACCGGGAAUGACACAUGCUGCGAACAUCGCACGGCGACAUUCAGGCUUCAAGAGGGAGAGAUGCAGCCUGCUCUGUCAGCUUUCCAAUUUCAGCGCCUGCUCUCCAACCUGACGGGGCUUCGGAUCCGGGCGGAAAGCAGCCACAGUUGGAGACGGAUUUCCUUGAAGGAGGUCCGACUCGUGUCUGCCCGCCCGGGAUUCUCCCCGCCUGCCCUGUGGGUAGAAGACUGCCUCUGCCCCCGAGGUUACGUGGGCCAAUUUUGCCAGUCCUGCGCUCCGGGCUUCAAGCGGGAAGCGCCCUUCGGAGGUCCCUUGACCAGCUGUGUUCCCUGUUCUUGCAACCAACAUGGCGACUGUGAUCCUGACACAGGUCUCUGCCAAUGCCUGCACAACACGGAGGGGCCUUCCUGCGAGCGCUGCGUGUCUGGCUUCUAUGGCAGCCCCUUCUUUGGCUCCUUCAAUGACUGUAAACCCUGCCCCUGCCCAGCCCAGGGCCCUUGCACCACCAUCCCUGAGAGCGAAGAGGUGGUAUGUACGCACUGCCCCCCAAGACAGAGAGGAAGACUCUGUGAGCUGUGUGAGGAUGGCUUCUUCGGAGACCCCCUAGGAAAGAACGGACCGGUUCGCCCUUGUGAACCUUGUGAAUGCAGCGGCAACGUGGACCCCAAUGCUGUGGGCAAUUGCGAUGCUGCCUCGGGCCGGUGUCUGCGCUGCCUGUACAACACGGCGGGGAAGCGCUGCGAGGCGUGCCAGGAGGGCUUCUACGGGAACCCACUAGCCGCCAGCCCGACUAAGAAAUGCACACCCUGCGAGUGUAAUCCAAGGGGCUCUACCCAUGGGCUAGAGGUUUGCGAUGGGGUCACGGGUCAGUGCCGCUGCCUCCCCCAUGUGACUGGCCGAGACUGCGGCCGGUGCGAAGAUGGCUAUUUUGACCUGCAGCAAGGAAGCGGGUGCAAAAGAUGCCAGUGCCACACUGUGGGUGCCCAGCACAACCUUUGCCACCCGGUCACAGGCCAAUGCGUCUGCCGCCCGGGGGUCGAAGGAGCAUCGUGUGAUCGGUGCCAGUCCGGCUUCUUUGGCUUCUCCUUCCAAGGUUGCAGAGCGUGCAACUGCUCCCAGAUGGGCUCUGUGUCCACCCAGUGCCACGAGAACAGCACGUGUGUGUGCAAAAGGGGAUUUGUGGGCUACAAGUGCGACCGGUGCGAAGCCAACUACUUCUACGACCUUGGGAGCAGGGAGUGCCAGGAGUGUCCCCUGUGCUACGGCCUCGUGAAGGAGGAAGCAGAUAAGCUGAAGGCCCAGCUCACAGAGGCAGAACUGUGGUUGCAGAAACCGAGCUGUGACAGGCCAAGGGAGGGCUAUGACUAUGCCACGCGAGGAGAGGUACCACGGGGAGACAACCUACAUAACCAGUACCUUCUGAAAGGGGCCAAGUUGGCUUUUCUAGAGGAGACAGCCGAACUAGAGGAGAUGGUGCGCGAGGCACAGAUCCGGCUGAGCAGCGCCCGUCGACUGGCUGGCUGCGACGGUCGGGAAGGAACCGCCAAGGGCUGUGUCCUUUUCUCGGACAUCCAGUCCACCCUGCAAUCCGCGCAUCUGAACAUCCAGCUGACAUCUGAGAUUUUGGGUGCAAUGGAAUUUCCUCCAGAGAUUUCUCACCCACCCACAAACUGGUCGCGUGCUGCGCUGGAGUCCAGACAGCUAUCCCGGAGCCUCAUGAAAGCUGCAGACGUGGUGGAAGACACUGCCAGGAAGGCGUUGCGCACGGCCAACGCCAGCUCCCACCUUCUGCCGGGCAUCGUAGAGGACGAGGCUCUGCUGGAGUUUAGGAGACAAAUGGAAGAGAGGUACCAGAAAAUCCAAGAGGCACAAGAAAAACUCGUUUCUGAGAUGGAAGGGGCAGCAGAGGAAGCCAAGAAAACGUUGGCUUCCGUCCAUCGGACUAACAUGGAAAUGGCGAAGAACCUCUCCUGGAUCUCUACCCUGGAGCUGCGCCCCCUGGUGCAUCGAGCCGAGAAGCUUAAUCAGGAGGCCCGUGGGCUGGCCCGGGACGUAGCGCUGAGAGGCCAGCAGGGAGCCAACGGAUCCUUCACGGUCCAGGCUGGGCUGCAAGGCGAAAUUCAACAGGUGCAGCAGCUGGAACAGCUCUGGGAAAGGGCAGAGGAUGCCCAUGCGCUGGCAGCCUCGGCCGUCUCCAAGGGAGAAGACGUGGUCUCCGAAGCCAAGGCCUUAUUGACCAGCCUGGAGGGGCUCAAGAAGCUGGCGGCCCAUCACGGCAGGGGCCAGAGCCCCACCAGGAGGAAGAUGGCCCUCGUGCGGGACCGGACCCUCGCAGAGGCCCAGAGGAAGGUGGGGCAGGCCCGAGGGAUGCUGGGGGAUUUGGCGUCUGCCUCUGCUGCGGCGCAGAAAACGGCGAGGGAGGCUGAUCGGGUUGCGAAGGAAAGCGCGCAGGUGGCCCAGGAUGUAGUCAGAGGGGCAAAAGAGGAGAAGAGGCGCGCCGGUCAGCUGAAGACGCGCGUCGCACUGACCGUGGAGAAGACCUCCCGCCAGGAGCAAGAGGCUGAAGAGCUGGGAAAGACCCUUGGGGGGCUCGACCAGGUCAGUGGCGUUUCUCCUCCAUCAACUUGGCCUUUUAAAGAUCAUCCACCCCUUCUCCGUCCCUUCCGAAAUCCGGCUGGCUCCCCGUGGCCUGCAGUGGCCUCUUCGAGGUCCAUGUUUUCGGCUGCGCCCGGUCCUCCACCUGUGGUCUGCAUUCCACUGGGGGAGCAAAGGUCACCUCCUGGGACACAGGACCCUCCUCCUGACGAAACUGCCUUUCCUUUGAAAAACUGCCUUUUCCCUUCUCUUCUAAGGCCUGGGAGAUCGAAUGAGCUUCCGCCCUGUUUGCUGGCUGGCUUAUACAAACUGGCGAUCCAUCGACAGCUAGAGCUACUCCUAACCCCCCCUUUUUUGAAGGUUGCAGUGGAGAUGAAUGCUCUCAACCAGAGCCUCCAGGAUACUCAACGCUCUUUGGAGCAGGACAUUGCGACUCUGAACCGCCUGCUCAGCAGCCUAGGUGAUCUAAAGGACACAGCUCCAUCUGAGGCUGUGCUGAGCGCCAGCCGGAUCCAGCUAGAAAACCUGCAGGUGCACCUGACGGAGCCCGGUGUCUUGGGGCGGAAGCUGAGCGCUCUGCAGGAUGAGGCCGAGCAGCAGCAGCUGAGGAUUGAGGCGUAUGAGGAGGACCUGGAGGAGAUCCGAAGGGAUAAGCAGAACCUGGAAGCCAUCCUUCGGAGUCUGCCCGAGGGCUGUUCAAGGCGGAAGUGAACCAGCGCCCGGGAGGGUCCCCAAACCCUCUUCUUGGCCAUUUCAGAGACUGCAGAACUAAAGUAAACCGGAGAGCAGAUGGGGCAGGGUAUACAGUUAGAAGAUCUACCAGCAUUUCCUCCUCGGAGAUGAUCCCACAGCUGACAUUGGCCCGAGGAGUGUCCGCACACCAAAAUGGCAUGCACAUUGAGCAUGCAGUGGGUACCAAGCCGUAGUUUUAGAUGCUAUACGUUGCUUCCUACUGCAAGAAAACAAAUCCAGAAUUUGAAAAGCUACCAAAAACUAAAAUAAAGCUUCCACCAGGCAUUGCAGUUUUCAAACCUUUCUUUUUUCAACUUUAAGGGCUGGAAAUAUUAAAUAAAUAAAAGAUGAAUGCUCAGGA